AGACAAGCAGCAGGCAUGGACUUCAACGGUACCUGGAAAGUUUAUUCUGAGGAAAAUCUUGAUGAGUUCCUGAAAGUAGUCGGUGCUCCUGAAAUGGUUGUCAUGAUGCGUAAGGAAGUCAAACCUGUGAUAGUGAUAGAGCAGAAGGGCAAAGACUUCACCUACACAAUGAAGACUCCCAUCUGCACAAAAGUCCACUCGUUUAGCAUCGGAAAAGAGUCUGAAAUGACCACUCUGGAUGGCAGGAAGUUUAAGUGCAUCGUCAGAGAGGAAGGUGGGAAGCUGAUUGCUGAGACUGACAAGUUCACCUCUGUCCGAGAAAUCCAAGGAGAGGACAUGAUUGAGACUCUCACUGCUGGCUCUGUAACUUUCACCAGCAAAAGUAAACGAGUCUAA